AUGGUCUUGAGAGAAGUGCAAUAUUUGCAAAAAAUGAGGCAUCCAAACAUUGUUGCUUAUCAUGCAGCUUGGAUUGAAAAUAAUAAAAGUUACAUUCUUAUGGAAUAUGCAACUCGUAGUACUUUGAAAGAAUUAUUGGAAAAACGUGAAGUGCCGCUGAUGGAAGAAAAUGCUUUGUAUUUGUUCUCACAAAUUACUCUUGGAGUCCAUCAUAUACAUACAAAGAAAAUUCUUCAUAGAGAUUUAAAACCUGAGAAUAUUUUGUUGACUGGACGUAAAGGAGACAUUGUUAAAAUUAGUGACUUUGGUGUUUCUAAAGAUAUACAAGAGUAAGACUUAUCACAUUUUUGACUGCGAAUUUAAUAGAUUUAAGAUCUUGAAAAUAUUAAAUAAUUUAAUGUAAUAUUAA